UUCUUUUAAUAAAAAUGAAUUGGGACCACCAAUCAUAUACCGUCUCUGCCUCUGCGUGUGCCACUCUACUCUCUUAUAUACAUUAAACCUACAUUCGCAUAAUUGUCCGUUUCUCUCUAUCCACCGUCUGAAACCAAACAUGAAGUCUCCGCUUCGCCGCUACUCACAAGUCGCCGAUUCCUCCUCUUCCCACCACUCUUUUUGCUGCAACCAGAUUUUCCGCCGCGAUGUUCAUCACCCGACAUCGUUCUUGGUUAAACGAGCAACCACCGUGGCAUCGAGUAUCCCUUCAGGACUUGUGCCGGUCGACGUCGGUGAGAAGAUGGACCGGUUCUUGGUGAGUGCAGAGCUGCUUAACCACCCUGUGUUCGUCGGUUUGCUUAACCGAUCUGCUCAGGAGUACGGUUACGCUCAGAAAGGUGUUCUUCAUAUCCCAUGUAACGUCUUCGUGUUUGAGCGAGUCAUUGAGGCUCUCCGAUCUGGAGCCUCUCAGUCUCGUGAUGUGCCGGAGCUUGUUGCAUCGUUAACAGGCGAUGAAGAUGUGUCUCUGUGGUUACCUGGAGUUACAGAGUAGCUGAUGGUUGUGUUUCUUGAUCUAUAGCCAAGGAUAUUUUUGUUUGAUCUUCUCCUUUUAUUGUACUGAUCAAAGAAAAUAUUUUUGAUGAUUGAAAUGAGAAGUUUAUUUUUGGUUUCA